AUGGGCUCUGUGAGCGCCGAUCCCAUCGUCACCUUCCCUUCAGGUCGUGACCUCAACACACCGCCAGACGCCAGGCUCCUCCACUUCAACGACGUCUACCACCUAGACGCCUCGUCAGCUGAACCAGCCGGCGGUAUUGCACGUUUCAUAACCAACCAUGACCUCGACUUUGGCGUCAUGCAAUACCGCCAUCUCACUUCCAAAUGCAACUUCCCCUGGUUGCUAGCUAAUGUUCUCGACCCGGGCCUAGGCGAUGACAUACCCCUAGGCAACGCAGGGAAGACUCACCUCAUCACAGCCUCCAACGGGAUCAAGAUCGGCCUCAUCGGCCUAGGAGAGAAGGAAUGGCUUGAGACGAUCAACUCUCUCCCCCCAGGCAUCAUCUACCGCCCCGCAAGCGAAGUUGCCCGCGAGCUUGUGCCCCAACUACGUGCCGAAGGCGCUGACAUCAUCAUCGCUCUCACCCACAUGCGCGAGCCCAAUGACAACAAGCUUGCCGAGGAACUGGGUAGCGACAUGGUUGAUCUAAUCCUCGGCGGGCACGACCACUACUACGCACAUAGCGUGAUCAACGGGGUCCACGUACUGCGGUCGGGCUCGGACUUUAAGCAGCUGAGUUACAUCGAACUGCGCCGUGCAGACCCAGAAAGCGGUCGUCGCUGGGAUGUGGAUAUCUGGCGGAGGGAUAUUGUUAGAGCUGUGCCUGAGGAUGCAGACACAGUUCAACUGGUCGAGAAGUUGACUGCUAAGUUGAGAAAGAGCCUUGAAAGACCUAUCGGCUGGACUGCAGCGCCGCUGGAUGGGAGAUUUACGACCGUGAGGACUAAGGAGAGCAACUUGGGCAACUUUGUGUGUGACCUCAUGCGCCAUUACUAUGGCGCAGAGUGUGCCAUUAUGGCAGCUGGCACUAUCCGUGGCGACCAGGUGUAUGCCCCUGGACCUGUCCGCUUGAAGGAUGUGACGGACUGCUUUCCGUUUGAGGAUCCUUUGGUCGUCAUCAAAGUGACGGGAAAGGGCAUCUGGGAUGCACUAGAGAACGGUGUCUCGCUUUAUCCAGCCCUGGAAGGGCGCUUUCCCCAAGUUUCCAACAUCCGCUUCAUAUUCAACCCCUCCCUUCCCUCGGGAUCGCGCAUCGUCUGUGCAGAACUGGGCGGUGAGCCCCUCGAUCCAGACCGAGUCUACGUCGUCGUCACCCGGGGCUACAUGGCCCGCGGCAGGGACGGCUAUCGCAGCCUUCUGGUACGCUCCGAGGGUGGAGAGUGUGACGAGAUUGUGUCGGAAGAGAAUGGCAUCCUGAUCUCUGCACUACUGCGGCAAUACUUCAUGUCAUUGACUGUGUUAGCCAGAUGGAAGAACUGGGGGCCUAGUCUGGAGCGUCAUUGGUCGAAAGUCGGCAAGCAGAUCGCCAAGAGUCACCCAGUCAUGGAGAGAACCGGGUCUUCCCUAACCGUUCUUCCCUCCGAGCCCGCCGACCCCAAGUUUGCCCGCAGCCAGGGCUGGGGUGAGUGGACGCCAGCCAAGCUCCGCAAGCUGCGAGACGACAUCUCACCACUCGUUGGAAGAGCCGAGAAUGACGAGAGUGAAAGCGACUCUGGAUCGGAUGUUGAACGCGUUCGACAGGACGCCCGCAAACUAGACAGAGAAUUGGCCAUCAUGCGCCGCUACUUCCGCAAGUGGUGUCAUAAAGCCGGUGUGUCGAACGGCACCACGUACGAGAAUCUACCCGAGGAGGAGUGUGAUGUGAACUGGACGAAGCCUAUAGCGCCGCAGGUCGAGGGACGCAUCCAAAUGGUAAGCACCGGUAGUGCUUAG